CUUCACCUGCGGGUCAUGUGCCGAAUCCCUUCUAGCCUGUUAACACUCGUACUCUAUCAUUGCCGGGGUUUGUGGCAACCGGCUGUGUUCGGAGCUGUAUUCGGCGUGAAAUGGCGGCGGUGCGAGGGCUUCGGGUGUCUGUGAAGGCGGGCGGCGGCGCUGAGCCCGAACCCAUGGAAGUGGAGGAAGGUGAGGUGGAGGCCGCAGCAGACCGGGCUUCCCCCCGUGAGGUGGUGUCGGGCAGUAAUCGGCGUUAUGAGAACAGGGCUGGGACCUUUAUUACUGGGAUUGAUGUCACUUCAAAGGAGGCUAUCGAGAAAAAGGAACAGAGGGCAAAGCGGUUUCAUUUUCGAGCAGAAGUCAGUGACCAACAAAGGAAUGUGGUACUAGAUCGAGAAAUGAUUAGAAAAGCAAUCCCCAAAGUCCGCCUUGAAACUCUUUAUGUCUAUGGUGUUGAUGAUAUGAGCACUGAGGAUAUCUUUGCCUUCUUUAAGCAAUACCCUCCAGGAUACAUUGAAUGGCUGGAUGACAGCUCCUGUAACGUUGUGUGGCUGGAUGAGGUAACUCCGUCUCGUGCUUUGUUAAACCUAAGCAGUAUGCCCACUAAUGAAAAAGGCCAAAGAAAAAAAGAUGGAGAGCACAGUUCUGCCAGAUCCAAAAAGGACAGACUUGAUGACAGCCCACUGAGCUCUGGAGAUGAGACUGAGGAAGGUGAAGUAGAAGAGGACAAUCCUAGUGAAGCAGAAGAUGAAGAUGAAACUGAAACUGAAAAGAAAUCGGUGAACCCGCCAGAUACCCUUUCCGAAGCUGAGCAGGCAUCUUUAUUGAAAAAUGAGCUCCGGCCUUCUAGUAAACCAGUGAAAGGAAAUAGUCUGUACAUGAGAUUUGCCACUAAAGAUGACAAGAAAGAGCUUGGAGCAGCACGUAGAAGUCAGUACUACAUGAAAUAUGGAAACCCUAACUAUGGAGGGAUGAAGGGUAUACUCAGCAACUCAUGGAAAAGAAGAUACCAUUCCCGGCGCCUUCAAAGAGAUGUGAUAAAGAAAAGCACUUUCAUUGGUGAUGAUGUUGAGAUAACACCAACUUACAAGCACCUCCACUCAGGAUUGGUGAAUGUUCCAGAAGAGCCCAUUGAGGAGGAAGAAGAGGAGGAGGAAGAGGAAGAAGAUAUGGAUGAGGAUGAUCGUGUAGUGGUAGAAUAUAGAGAUGAGCUUCAGGCAUUUAAAAGGGAACGGGAAGGCGCACGGCGUUCAGCAGCCAGCAACUCAGACUCUGAUGAGAUGGACUAUGAUUUGGAAUUGAAAAUGAUCUCCACCCCUUCACCAAAAAAGAGCAUGAAGAUGACUAUGUAUGCCGAUGAGGUUGAGUCUCAGCUCAAAACUAUUAGAAACUCUAUGAGGUCCGACUCAGUAGGCAAUAGUGUGAAAAGUCGAAUUGGCAGCAAAUCCCAUGCAGAGAAACCAGCUGAUGUGCGACUGAUACUAGAAGAGAAAAGGCAAAGCACAGCAUCAAGGCAACAAAGCAGCAGUGGGAAAUCAGAUGUGCGUCAGAGGCUUGGAAAGAGGCCGCAUUCCCCCGAAAUAAGGAAAACAUUAAGCAUAGCACCCACAUCUCGAAGAGAGCCAUUGUCUGACGUACACAGCCGGCUGGGUCUCCCAAAACAGCUUGAAGGAAAAGGCCUGUACUCUGACAGCAAGGAAAAGAAAACAGGAAGUCUUUGGAAUCGCUUAGGAACUGCUCCAAAGGACAAGGAGAGACCCAGUGAAAAGUCAGAGAAAUCCCCGGCCGCCCCGGAAGAGGAGGACUCUGUGUUACAGCAAGCCUGGGGAGCGCUCAUCAAAGAGAAGGAGCAAAUCCGGCAAAAGAAAAGCCGCCUGGACAACUUACCUUCCUUACAGAUUGAGAUCAGCCGGGAAAGCAGCUCCGGCUCAGACACAGACUCCUGAUCAUCAGGCUGCUCCCGCACUGGACUAAAGCUUCUAAAGCAUGGCUGCCACCUGAAAAAUGUGCCGCCUCUGCCUUUCACAAACCAUUAUUUUAUAUUGAAGCUGAGACACCAAUAGUGGCCGUGGUGUCCUCACUGCGCCUUUAUAUCUCAGAUUACCAGAGAUUAAACCUUAUGUUACGGUAAUUACUGAGCGUUUGCAGUUUCUUUGUAUUUGGUGGUAUGGAAAGGAGGAUCAGUACAUAGUUUCCUAUGCGCCGCUCCUCCCCUCAUUCAGAGCAAUGCCUUCCAAUGGCUUCAUCAGCUGCAAAUGUGUUUUUUUUGUUUUUAUUUGCCAGAUUCUUGUUAGGAUAACAGCUAGAACUCUUAUUUAUACUGCUGUAUAAUUCUAAGACAGAAUCCAGUAUAUGAUUCAUUUCAUAUGCACAAAAUCUAUAGGAAUAAAACCAGAUGUUUGCUUCCA